UUCUAACUGGAAACAGAGGCCAUUCGCUACUUCUGCAGAGUUCCGGACACUGCGCACUUCCACACACCUGCCCCGCCACCUGGCCUCGGGUCUGUGUUGGGAAAGCACGGUCGCUCUGCCCUGCCCCUGCCCGUCCCCUGCCCCCCGAAGCAGUGUCCUCACUCGCCACGUGUCCCGGAGCCCUUACCCAAGCGGCGCUCGCCCCUUCUGCUCACAUUCCGGGAGCAGCCGGAGGCCGCGUUGCUGGAAGUCCCCCGCUCUCCCUCUUGUGUUAAUGAUUACGCUCUUGUUUACCUUCCCCACGGUAGGGUAGCCUAGAGAAGUGAGAUCCUCCCCCUGACAGUUCAUUCAGAGUUGGCUGCCACUCAGCCCCCCCUUGCCAGGUGUCUGUUAUCUGGAGGUCCCAUGGUGACAGAUGGGUGGCUUCCGGGCAGUGUGGCCUGGCUGCCCAUUGCCCUCCCCUCGCCCCUCGGUUGGCAUCGGCCAGGUUUUGCCAGCACGGGUUGCUACACAGGAGUCUUAAUGAAGUGUUGCCGAAUGCCUUGGCUGCCAUCUCUGAAGCCCAGUCCGCAAGCCUGAUGUCUUUGCUGGCUGGGGGUUGGGGGGGGGGCGGUGGCCCUUUUUAAAAGAGCAUUCCUUUAAGCAGGUGGGAGGGCCUGGAACACUGAAAGUGGGCUGUGCAGGUGGGUGGGGCACACCUGCAACUUGUUGCAUUGUGGAUGCUUGCCUCCUAUCCGAGAACUUCCCUCCCUGGGUCCAGUAGGAAUGUUUGAGCUCGGUAGAGGAUGUCUGCUCUUACAACUUUAAGCUGGACCUCUCGGUAUUCCAGAAUAAAACAUUUAUUAAUUCAGAACCACAAGCGAGGCUUCUCGCCCGAGCGCGUUUGCGUCUCGUGCUUGAGCAGGGCUGGCCUUUAAGGGACAGCUUCCAAGUUCAGCAUCGCUCACUUUCAAGGUAGUUGCUAAAAAUGGGAGUUGAAUCGCGGCUACUGGGGAAGUCGGCUCCGGGGCUUGCUGCGUUCCAGCCCUUUCUCCAGCCCUGCGGCUGAGGGCUGAGGCUGCCGCCAAGCGAGGUCGUUUUCCGGACCAUUCUUUGUCUACUGUGGUGCGUGCUUUCACCCUCAGGCUCUGCCAUAGCUGGAGAGUUGUUUACAGUCUCAGGCAACCUCGGAUUCCUGCCUGUGUCCUAGCUGUUCCCGAGUCUAAAGGUUUCUGGAUGGACUUUCUGGGCAGCAGGUCCAGUCCGCACGGGAAAUGGAGCCCCGGCCAGUGGGGACGGCCCUCUGUGUGGCUGCUCCUCGGGGCAGUAAACAGUGACUCACUCUCCACCCUGCUCCCCACCUCCCUGUUCUCGGCUGAUGGAAGAUGCAUUGCUCCGGUAUUUACUUUUGCUUUUUAUAAGUCACAGACUCGUCAUGUUUCCUCUUUCUUACAGUUUCAGGAAAUUGAGAGUGUCAUCUCACAAUCGUAGGAUUUUAGAGCAGGUAGAGAUGAACCUGUGGGGUCUCAGUCUACAGAACAGUCUACAGGUUCUCGCUGAGGAAACAGCCCCACGCGCACUGCCUGCCUUUCCUCACUGCCCACCUGGGUGCCCUGGGCAGAGGGGCAGAGAGGAGACGGGGUGGAAGCUGCCCCAGCCCUCUCCCUCAUGCAGGUGCUGGCACCUGCUCAUGCAGCAGACCUUCCACCUGCCAGGAGUCGUGGGGAGCGGGGAGGUGAGAGUGCCCCUGCCAUCCAUCCGGGCACUGCCCUGGCUGCGUGUUCAGGAGGGGGGCGCCCACCUCCUGCACGUGAAGCGAGGGAAGGAAGGGGGCAACGGCGGAGGGGCAGGGGCUCAGAAGCAGGAGGGUCCCCGGCACAGAUGGGCGGGGGCUUCAGGAAGCUCGUGGGGGAGGCCUGGCAUGGCACCAGGUGGCCCUGGGAGUGGCGGCUUCAGGAGGGACUCGCCCCGCCUGCUUGUGGGGGCUGCGUUUGAGGCACUGGGAUGGGAAUCCAGACCAGACUCGGGGGCCCAUGCCCAGCAGUGCUGGAGGGCUGCAGCAUCACAGGGUAUGUGGGCCAAGCCAGCAGGUGGGCGCAGAGGGGAGGGGAGGCCUGGGGCCGCCACCCAAGCUGGAGACCCAGGAGGAGCGCAGUGCAAGAGGGGAUGUCUCUGGGACCGUGCAGGCUGGGGUGCUCCACGGCUAUCGUAUUCCUGGCUGGACAGAGAGCUACCAUUUCCAGGUGGUUCUGUCCGGGUGACUGUGCCCAGGUUAUGACGACUAAUCCCAAAGCGAACAAGGCGUUGAAGGUCAAGAAGGAGGCGGGCGAGAACGCCGCAGCGCUCAGCGACGAUGAGCUGGUGUCCAUGUCAGUGCGGGAGCUGAAUCAGCACCUGCGGGGCCUCACGCGCGAGGAGGUGGUGCGCCUGAAGCAGCGGCGCCGCACUCUCAAGAACCGCGGCUACGCGGCCAGCUGCCGCAUCAAGCGCGUGACGCAGAAGGAAGAGCUGGAGCGCCAGCGCGUGGAGCUGCAGCAGGAGGUGGAGAAGCUGGCCCGCGAGAACAGCAGCAUGCGGCUCGAGCUGGAUGCCCUGCGCUCCAAGUACGAGGCGCUGCAGACCUUCGCCCGCACCGUGGCCCGCGGCCCUGUCACGCCCACCAAGGUGGCCACCACCAGUGUCAUCACCAUCGUCAAGUCUGCCGAGAUGGCCGCCUCCGCCUCCGUGCCCUUCUCGGCCGCUUCCUAGUGCCCGCCCGGCUGAGGGGCGCGGUCCCGCGGAGAGUGGACCUUGUGGACUCCUGUGGGCCGGCAGGCGGGAACAGAGGGCGUUCCGCGCGCCGCCCGCCCUGCACACUCACACGCACACCGCACGCCCCGCCUGCCCCGGGCUCCGCCGCCCACUCCGGGCCGUCUCCCGCUUCUGGCCGCCUCCUGGGCUCUCUGUCCGGCGCCGGCGGGGGCAGGGUGUGUGGACGAAGGCUGGCAGGAGGCCCCCGGCCCAGACGUCUUCCACCCCUCCCUCGAGCUGCUCGUCUAUGCGCAGCAGUGUGUCCACACCCCGCACGGGCCCCCAGCUGGGCCAGCACCCCUUCAACACGCCGACUGCGCCUGGGCGCCCGGGAGGAACUGCCCUCCGCGGGGCCCAAACACUGUGAUCCUGCUGCAGCCUCGGCCAGAGGCCCAGACCCCCUGAGUGGGCGGAGGAAGGGCUGACCGCGUGUGCCAGGGUAUGCCAGCCUGCGCACACGUGUACCUGCCGUCCUGCUGGGGUGCCAGCCGCUCUGGGGGCCUCCGGGAGCGGCUUGUUCCUGGGGCACGUCCAAGCUUUGGGUUUCCUCUCCGUGUCAGGUGACCCAGGGGCAGUCCCCAGCGAGGAGCAGCAACCGCCUGACCAGGAGAGGGGAGCCCUGGGGGGCGGGGGGGCACAUUCUGUGGAGCAGGUGUGAAGUUGGCAGCAGCUGAGGUCCUGCUGGGUGAG